GACGCGGCGGCGGUGACGACGAUACUUUUAGCCCCGGCGGCGGGCGGUUGGCUGGCUCUGUAGGGUGGUUUUAUCGACCCAGGAUACGCGAAUAUCUCGAAAAGAUUCAGUAGUCACGGGACCACCACCCCGUCGAAACGGCUUUCGCCAGGCGCUUAUUCACACGCGGACGCUUAUACGCGGUGCUCCCAUUUUCUCUCUUCUUCUCCUCCCCGUUUCCCCCCUUUAUCUCCUCCUCCAUUCUUCUCCAGCUUCGCUCUGCUCCUUCCUUUCCGCUCGAUUUCUCGCGCGAAAUAUCUCGCGACGGCCGUGACGGCGAAAAUACAACGCGAGCCGAGGAGGAGGUGCCAUAUUCUCGCAUACGAACGAUCCUGGAUUCAGCUGCACCAAAAUGAUCACCGCGUUACCGGUACCUUCGGUGAAGGUCUUCCACAAGACUUACUACCAAGAGAAGAACACGCGGAUAGGAAACAGUCAGCCGGGUAGCCCGCUGGCGGAGAGCGAGGCGGUGCUGGCGAUGCUGGACAAAGAGCCACCGGAGUAUUAUUUCUGCGGCAAGGUCAACUCACUGUACGUCGUCGUCGGUUCGCUACUGCUGGGAGCGGUGGUGCUCGUCGUUGGCCUGGUCCAGCUCGCGCCGGGCGCGGAAGCCGCCCGGAACUCGGCGGCCCUGAUCGCCACUGGCAGCGGCCUCCUCGUGAUCGGGGUGUUCCUCGCGCCGUUGCGAGCAGUCUGCAUCAAAAAGCAGAACGCCGCGCAAAAGGAUGGCACCCAUCAGCGUAGCGUCACCAGCAUAGACAUGUUACUCGCCCAGCACAGGGACUUCACGGUUCUGACGCCCGACGAGCUCGAGGACCUUGUGGGUCGGCCGGCGUCCAACAAUCUGGAGAACAAGCCGCAUAAGCAAGGCCACAACACCUAGGUACCGAUUGCCUCGAGGAGGAAGGCGCCGCCUUCCACAUCGUCAUCGUCGUCGUCCCCGCCGUCGUGCUCCAGCACCACCACGCCGCCGUCGUCCGUCGAAUCGCCAGGACCAAGCUCCUCCAUUCUGUACACGCAUCGCCACGACACGCGCGAGCACAGUUUGGUUUAAUCGAUGUGCACGCAUCGCGCCACCGCCGCCGCCCUCAUUUGCAACAGCAUUAGGGCUGCACAGGGUGGCCUCUCUUCACGCAUUUUUUUUUUUCUAAAACGCAUGCACAGUCGAGAGAACGCGGAAACUUUCGCGAAUAAACAUGUUCGUACUCGAUACAAACGAUGAAAUAGUUGAUACACUACAUACGUAGACUUCAUCGUCCCUUCUCUACAUAAUAUUUUGGAUCAAAGAAACUUCGUUGGGAUUCGUCCCGCCAUCGAGCUGAAUCACGCGUAUGAAACGGUUUUUACAGAUGCAUGUAUUUUUAAAUUCGAAAUCUCGUCACGUAGGCGUCUUUGAGAAACGUAUGCUUCGUGUUUUACGUUCGCAAUUGUUUGUAUAUAUUUUAUACUUAUUUGUAUAACACAGUCAAGAGAAAAUUAAUCUUCCGCGUUUUCAAUUCUCCAUCAAAACUUGAUUAUUAAUCAUGGAUAUUUCAGCAAUCGUUGCAUCGCAGACGCUUUGCGGUUUAAUACACUGAGAAAGUUGUUAAUUUGAUUACAUUUUUCAACUCAAUUAAUUUCUUCAAUUUAAUUAUUUAUGUAUUUCAGUCGAAUGUAUAAAUAGUUAAAUUGAAGUUUAAGUAUUUUAUGUAUUUAAGUUAAAUGCAUAAAUACUUGAACUAAAGAAAUUUUAUCAAGUUGAAAAAUUUAAUCAAAUUAACAUCUUUUUCUCAGUGUAUUAUCGUUAAAAUCUUAUUAAUAGUAUUACGCUGCAAAAGAAUCUAUACUUUAACGUCACUAAAAAUAAUUGUUUACCAAAGCUGUAACAACGGGUGUUAUUUUCUCAAAGACUAAAUUGUGUUCAAUUCACGAGUGAAUGAGGUAUGAUACCAAGUAAUUUCGUCGCGAAUCUUCAUCUCGAUUUAGAAAAAGAUACAUACGUAAUAUAUAAUAUAGCGUUAUAUAAUAUAUUAUACUUAUAAUAGGAUUUGAAAAUUUUCGCGAUUUGUCAUUAAUAAAGUGAUAAAAAGGACAGACGAAGUCACGAACGUAAAGAGCGAUGUUCUCGUGAGUCUUGCAAAUACUUGUUCGCUAAAUGUUUAAGAUUGUCACAAAUGUUCACAGGGAGGGUUUGCACAUGUGUAUAACCCUAUGUCGACAUACAGGCCACGUAUAAUGUCAAGAUCGUUGCAAAGAAAAAGGUAAAACGACACAUUAAUGUCGAGAUCGAAUAAGUAGUAAUGAGACGAACGAGCACAUGAAACAUAUCGAGAUCGAUAUAUAAUACGCUUAUACAGAAUAGCGUGUAAAAAGUGGGAAUCAGCAGUAUAGUAUGGUGUGUAUGCGUGCGUGCGUGCGUGCGUGCGUGCGUGCGUGCGUGUGUGUGUGUGUGUGUGUGUGUGUGUGUGUGUGUGUGUGUGCGCGCGCGCGCGUGCGUGCGUUCGUGCGCGCGCGCGCCUGACCCAUUGAGUUUCAAAGUCCUCGGCAAAAAUUUGUACCCCAGCAAUUAGCUCUCACCUUCGAAACUUCUGAGUUUCUAAUUGUUCGUCCGGAAUACGGGACCUUGAUUCAUAAAUUCUCGAAACGAGGUCGACGUAAGGUCGCAAGGAUGCCCGAGAAUUGCUGAUCUCCACCUUUUACGCGGCUAGAUGCGGACGCUUCUGGAUAGAUAUCAGAUAUCGACGAUGGUUUCGUUAAGACCGAGAAAACUGAUAGUUAUCCUUACUGUAGCGAUUUAUCGAUCCUUCUUUAAUGCAACGUCUGCGGCUCGGAGAUUCGAUUUUUUUAAGGGAUAGAAAUUUGUUAUUUCGUGGCCGCGAAAGAAAGCACGCGAAAAUGGCGCCUAAUGUAGAAAUGUAAAUCAAAACACCGUAGAAAAGACUAAUAAUAAGUGAUUCCGAUCGCGUUUAUUCACUUUGUACAUUAAAAAGGAUAUCGUUUAGAUUCAUUCCUGUCCGAAAAAUAUUUCGUAAAACUAUUAUUGCAAGAGCAGGCAGAUUUUGACAUGCGUAUUGGUGCGUGUUUUGACCUACAUAAUCGCAAUCUCGUCAAAUUCAUCGUUUAAUAGAGAAUUGGUAAAACUGACAUCCAAUAAAAUACCUACAUAUUAAUAACACGUCUGCAGAAUUUGUGAUAAAAUAUUGGUUGAUGGAUUUUCGUAGUAACGAUAAUGUUUAAGUCUCGAGCUUCUUACGUAAGGAUACUUAUUUCGAGCGAGCAAAAUGCAGCUUCGGGGAGGAAACAUAUCUACCGAGUCGGUUAUGACGAGAGAUAUAUUUUUAUUGUCAUUCUAGCGGGUAUGCGCGAAGGAGGGAGAUAGCGAUUAAGAAAGAACUGUCCAUGUUUACCGAUCUAAAAAAAAUUCGAAUAUUUGCCAUAAGAUUCCUAUUGAAUGUUUGCCUUAAUUUCAGAGACUAGAAAUAUUUCGUCGUUAAAUAUUAGUGAUAAAUUCUAUUUACAGAGAAAUUCUAGUCGCGGGCGAGAGAUAGAGAUAGAGAGAAAGAGAGAAAGAAAGAGAGAGAGAGAGAGAGAGAGAGAGAGAGAAAGCGCGAUUUAAUCAUAUUUUAAAGUCAUCCUUAAAUUUUUGUCGUAUAUUCUUGAAUCAUCGUUCGUGAGCGCGUCUGGAAGAAACCCUCGCUCAGGUUUCAGCAAGAAAAACGCGAGCAAGAUCGACAGCGACAUGACUUUAAACGUAACGCGACUUUUUCAGGCGAGGCAAACACAACAUGGGAAUACAAACGCGCGAAUAGCACCGAUAUAGCCCGGAUAUGCGUUCGGUUAACAACAAUAUUGGAGUCGGGAGAGAGAAGCUCGGGAGUUAUUUCACUGCGCUAUUCUGCAGUCCGCGCACUUGGAAUUGUCACACCGCAGUUCCUUGUUGUAUGAAAAGACAGAUGUAAUUUUAAGAGAUUCAACGCACAGAAUUAGCCGUAAGCAUUUUUAUAAUGGUGUUCUAUGUAUAUUACUAUUACUAAUACUAUUAUAAAUCCAUCACACACAACCAACCAACCAACACACACACACACACACACACACACACACACACACACACACACACACACAACAAACAACAAACAACAAACAAACACAACAGCCCGAUUGUGAUCCGACCGCGAAUCGGUCGGCGGAAGUGUUCUUCAUACAUGUUGAAAUCAUCAUCCCUAGGACUGAAUACAACACGCGCCUAGCCUUGUACAUACGAAUAUUUGUAACGCAUACAAAACGGAAAAGGAGAGAAAAAACCGGAUGAAACCGAUUUUAAGACAAAAUUUGCUGUUAUUAGUUAGUAAAAUAAGGCAGACCGUGAUUGGUGCGACGUAACAACCAUGAGAUGCAUAUAUCAUACGAAGAUCUUUUGUGAAAACAUUUGUUAUUAGCCGUGAUUGCAGCGUUUCUCUAGAUUCAACGGAUAUCUUAUAAAUGUAUUGUACCGCAUUGAAUAUUAUUCGUUUUGAACUUGAAAAUAGAAUUGCCGGUCUUUGAAGUGUCGUUUCAGCUUUAAACAAGCCAUUAUUUCCGAGAAAUGCGAUUGUCUGCUCGAACAUAUAUAAUUGACAAUUAAUUAAUAAAAUUCUUAAUGGAAUUUGCUUGCAUUUGCAAAAGAAAGAGGAUACAGCAACGUGCCAAUUUUUAUUAUGUUCCAAAAAACGCGAGAUUCCUAAUAUACUUACAAAGACGCUGCAACCGCGCCGACGUCUCACGUCGCACGAAGAAAAUGUAUCUCCAUAUUCGUGCUGCAUAUAAAUGCAUCGCUUGAUCUUACGACGUAAUAGUACGUAUAAUACUGAGAAAGUUCUACCGAUUAAGACUUAGACUUUAAUAUAGUAGCACAUAGGUAAAGGGAAUGUUGUAUUGUGAGGCGUUCGCGAUGAUGCGGCCAUCAUUGUUGAGGCUGGCCGUCCGGGAGCGAAAUAAAAGGAGAGAAUGCGCGUCUUUUGUUAUUUGAUCCCGGAUUAUUAUGGCAAUAACGCAUAGUCUUACUGCGAAAUUGCUAUUUAUAUUUUAUACGGCAACGAUUACAUGUAUAUAAUAUAUAUAACGUUAUCUUAUAUAUAUUAUAUGUGUAUAUCGAUGAUGCAGUGUAUACGUCAUAAUGUAUUCGAACAUACGGGGUUACCGACGUGAGGGGCAUAUACCGAACCCCUUCUAUCACUGCCAAAGAUUCAUCGUGAAGUAAGAUAACGCAAGAAACGCGGGCGUCAAGGCAAUCGCGAGAAACGUCGGCUAAAAAUUAAACCUCAACAAUAUGUUCCGCCAUUGUGAACAUGUCGAAGACAUUCUGCGUAUAACAGCUAUUAUACAUACAAUAAACAUAUAUACUACAGAUAUUUUAUCGGGAACAUUCUGACUUGCUUAAAAGUUGCGUUAAUCAGUAUAUUUUGUAAGCGAAGAUUAUCAAUAGCAAUUAUAUACAUAUAAUAAAUAUUACUAUGAUAUCUA